GCCUAGAACCUCUCACUCGUGGUAGAAGAUAGCUGAAGGGAUAGUAGCGAGUUCGUCCCCAAUUUCCCCUCGCAGCAGUUCUUCCUCGUUGGAUCUCCGAGUUGCAACCGGCCCCCGACGAUUCCAUAGCCUCCGUUCCCCCAAGCAUUGACUGCAAUGGCUGGACGAGUGAUCCACCAGCUACUGAGAAGGAAACUUGAAUCUCAAUCAACAGCCCCUCCUUUAUUGUCGUCUCUCAUAUCAAAGAGCAAUAAUGUUGGGUCUACUGGCAUGAAGUCCUAUAGAGCACUCGCACUCUUCGGAGCAGGUCUUUCAGGGCUUUUGAGUUUUGGAAUGAUAGCAUCUGCUGAUGAGGCUGAACAUGGAUUACCGCCUCCUCACUAUCCCUGGCCUCACAAGGGCAUUCUCAGUUCAUAUGAUCAUGCUUCGAUUCGUCGUGGUCAUCAGGUUUAUCAACAGGUCUGUGCAUCUUGCCAUUCUAUGUCACUUAUAUCAUUCCGUGAUUUGGUCGGUGUUGCAUAUACGGAAGAGGAGACAAAGGCUAUGGCAGCCGAGAUUGAAGUGGUUGAUGGACCUAAUGACGAGGGUGAGAUGUUCACACGCCCCGGUAAACUCAGCGAUCGUUUUCCUCAGCCUUAUUCAAACGAACAAGCAGCUAGGUUUGCUAAUGGAGGGGCCUAUCCUCCAGAUCUAAGCCUUAUCACCAAAGCUCGCCAUGAUGGUCAGAAUUACGCAUUUGCCCUUCUGACUGGUUACCGUGAUCCCCCUGCUGGUGUCUCGAUUCGGGAGGGGUUGCAUUAUAAUCCUUAUUUUCCUGGUGGAGCAAUUGCGAUGCCUAAAAUGCUUAAUGAUGGUGCAGUAGAGUAUGAGGAUGGUACACCUGCAACAGAAUCUCAGAUGGGUAAAGAUGUUGUGACAUUCUUGUCUUGGGCCGCGGAACCCGAAAUGGAAGAGAGAAAGCUGAUGGGAUUUAAAUGGAUAUUCGUACUGUCACUGGCAUUACUUCAAGCUGCUUAUUACCGUCGAUUGAAGUGGUCAGUUCUCAAGUCUCGCAAGCUGGUUCUCGACGUUGUCAACUAGCUUCCAUCCAGUUUUCUUUUUACUUUUGCUUCCGGAGGACUAAACUCGACAAUGAUUAUUAUGUCAGAUAUAGUUUUUCUUGCCGUUUCAAUUUGCUUCAAUUGGUAAAUUGGUGAUGGAGUGACCUUGAAGGUCUGUCUUUUUUUGAGUUUGAUUGAGUUGAGAAUAAGCUAUUACACACUUGAUUAACAUCGUGACGAUUUUGGUAAUCAGUUCCAAAUUGUUCAGGGUGCAA